CCCGCGGUUCGGAAUUAGUGCGCGGCCGCGUGGGUGUGGGAGGGGCUGUUUCUUAAAGCGCCCGCCUCCGCGCGUCCUUUUGUUCCGCGACCGCAGGGCGGGGUGGGUUCCACUUUCAGCGGCGUCUCGUCUGCCCUCCUGAACAGCCAUGAUUUCCCAGUUCUUCAUUCUGUCCUCCAAGGGGGACCCGCUCAUUUACAAAGACUUUCGCGGGGACAGUGGCGGUCGUGAUGUGGCCGAGCUCUUUUACCGGAAGCUGACGGGACUGCCUGGAGGCGAGUCCCCGGUUGUCAUGUAUCACGAAGACCGUCAUUUCAUUCACAUCAGACACAGUAGUCUCUAUUUGGUAGCCACAACCACCGAAAACGUCUCUCCUUUCAGCCUCCUCGAGCUGCUUUCCCGGUUAGCCACUCUUUUGGGAGACUACUGUGGCUCCCUCAGUGAGGGGACCAUCUCACGGAACGUGGCUCUUGUCUACGAACUGCUGGAUGAAGUACUGGAUUAUGGCUAUGUGCAGACUACCUCCACAGAAAUGCUGAGGAACUUCAUCCAAACCGAAGCUGUGGUCAGCAAGCCCUUCAGCCUCUUUGACCUCAGCAGUGUUGGAUUGUUUGGGGCAGAGACACAGCAGAACAGAGUGGCCCCAAGCAGUGCUGCCAGUCGCCCGGUCUUGUCCAGUCGCUCUGACCAGAGCCAAAAGAAUGAAGUGUUUUUAGAUGUGGUCGAGAGGCUGUCUGUACUGAUUGCAGCUAAUGGCUCCUUGUUGAAGGUGGAUGUCCAAGGAGAGAUACGGCUCAAGAGCUUCCUUCCUGGAGGUUCUGAGAUGUACAUCGGCUUGACAGAAGAAUUCUGUGUGGGAAAGUCAGAACUGAGAGGUUAUGGGCCAGGAAUUCGAGUUGAUGAGGUGUCAUUCCAUAGCUCCGUCAAUCUAGAUGAGUUUGAGUCUCACCGGAUCCUCCGCCUGCAGCCACCUCAGGGCGAGCUGACUGUGAUGCGUUACCAGCUCUCUGAUGACCUCCCCUCACCACUCCCCUUCCGGCUGUUUCCUUCUGUUCAGUGGGACCGAGGCUCAGGCCGGCUCCAGAUUUACCUGAAGUUACGGUGUGACCUGCCCCCUAAGAGCCAAGCUCUCAACAUUCAUGUGCACCUUCCCCUGCCUCGAGGGGUAGUCAGCCUGUCUCAGGAAUUGAGCAGCCCAGAUCAGAAGGCAGAGCUGGGAGAAGGAGCCCUGCACUGGGACCUGCCCCGGGUACAAGGAGGCUCUCAACUCUCAGGCCUCUUCCAGAUGGAUGUCCCUGGCUCACAGGGGCCUCCCAGCCAUGGGCCCUCCCCCUCAGCAUCCCCCUUGGGGCUGGGUCCUGCCAGCCUCUCCUUUGAACUCCCUCGGCACACAUGCUCUGGCCUCCAAGUUAGAUUCCUAAGGCUGUCCUUUAGUGCCUGCGGUAGUGCCAACCCUCACAAGUGGGUGCGACAUCUGAGCCACAGCAACGCCUAUGUAAUUCGGAUUUGAAGCUCCCCAGAUGAGGGUAUGGACAGCAAAGUCAGCAGAGGCAGCUGAACAGAAAGAGGACAUUUUCUUUCUUGUGUCUUUGGAUCUGGACAGGAAGUCUCAAAACCAGGAAGGUUUUAUAGACUCACCUUCCUGUUGUAUGUGACAUGGGAGGCUCACAAGCUUACAAAGGCAACUUUUAUUCUGAGGAACUUACUGUACAGUAUCUAAGAGAAAGUCACUGGGGAAAACAGCCCCCUCCCACCUCCCUCACGCGUUCUUUGUGCGUGUAGGACUCUGCGGAAGAGAUCAGCGAUGUGGUGUGAUCACAGAGCAGGUUGAGGGGAGCCAGGUCCGGUAGGCUGGGAGCCAUUAGCCUUUGGAGUCCCUGGAGCUGGAGGGGGGCUGUCUCCAGCCUCCUGCUUCCCCCCACAGAGGGCACUGCCCCCAAGUGGGGAUGGUGAAGAAGAUGGAGGGACUGGAGAAGGAUGAGAAGGGGGGCCUCCUUUGCCUUCCGCUGUUGGGGGAAGGGAGACCACGAUGUAUUUCUGAACACUGCCGGGACCAGCAGGGGCCGUGCUUGGGGGUGCAGUAGUGGCAGUGGAGACCAGCUUGACGAUGGGCUGCACGCUGGGAACUGUGGUGGUGACGGGGGAGGUAGUAGUAGAGCCUGAGCCAGGAGCUGAGGUGCUGAGGGAGAGGACCUGGGGGGAAAGACAGGCAGCGUGACUGGUGACCGUAUGGUGUCUACCUCACACCUGGAAGGCCUGGGCUCAUGUUGCCCUUGCUCCCCUCGGUUCCCACCUUCCCUGACAGUCCCCACUGAACGCUCCAGGAGACCGGCUAGCUUGAGGUGCUAAGAUCCUGACGAGUGGCCCUUCUACCUUCUGGGUUUGGGCCCGGAGGGCUUAGGCCUCUGCUUGGGAGGCUUCCCACGUGCUCCUCACAUCCUCACAGUGGCCCCACAUACCUGCUGGGUUGAUGAGGCACUGGAAGAUGAGGACAUUACGAUAAACUUGGUUGGAGGAGGAGAAGGCUGAGGAGGGGCAGCAGCUCUCGCAGACACCAGUGUCUGGACAGGCAAGGCAAUGGAGCCCGGGACCUUCAAUAAGCCAGGCGUACGAGGGCCUGGCUGAGGAGCCUGUGAGAGGGUCAGCGUGGGCCGAGGCUAUGAAAAGAGACAGGAAGAAAAUGUCAACACUGAAGGCAGACCUGGGUUGUGCUUGCUCUAAGCUCUUCACCGGAGGUGGGGGAGGGGUCAGGCUCCCUGAGAUUGCUGGCUGUGGCAUAUUUCCUGUCAGCCUCCUCCCUCAGCAGCUGACCUGUGUGAUGGUAAGUGUGGUCCUGUUGACCUGCUGAGCUUGCAUUGCGGCCUGGGCCCUGGCCUUCACCACAUGGGAGCAGAGAAGGGGCCCAAGGGACCCAAAAUCUCCCCGGUAGGCAUCCUGAUUGUCGGGUGGAGGGCGAAGCUUCGCCAGGACCGGGGCACAGUGUUUCUGCAGAGAAGGCAAAGUGAGGGCUGGUACUGUGCGGCACACGUGAGACAGGACAGGAGCUCCCCACUGCCCGCUAGAGCCGGGCCACAGUGAACAGCUGCCACCUUCCAUAAGGACCACAUCUGAGCCGGCUGUGGGGGUUCAGGCCUGUAGUCCCAGAACUCGUGCUAAAGCAGGAGGAUCACUGAGUUCCGAGCGAGCCAGAGUACAAAGAGGACUUAGGGCGAGCAUGGGUAGAUGAAUGUCUCAAAAAAAAAAAAAAAAAAAAAAAGAGGGCCAAGGGGAAUACAGCUUAGUGGUACAGUGCUUUGAAAACAUGCAUGUGGCCCUAGGUUCAGCUCCCAGCAGUACACACAAAAGGGAGUGGGGGACUAGAGGUGGCUCACACGUUUAGAUAAAGCACAAUCACCUAGAACUCCAGUCCCGGGAGAUUUGUCAUCCUCCUCUGGCUUUUGUGGGCACCUGUACACACGGUAUACAUUCACACAAACAUACAAAAAGUCUUUUAAAAAUAAAAGGGAAUGAUUUCGGUGGGUGUGGUGGUGCAUUGCUGUAAUCUCAGUACUCAAGAAAGCAGAGGUAGCAGGACUGCCACGGGCCCAGCAUGGUCUACCUCACAGGUGCCGGACUAGCCCAGGCAAGACUCCAUCUAUGAGUCGACAAGUGACAGACUCCUGUACAGACUGGCUGGCGUGGACAGGAUCUGCUGUUAUCUAGUGAUGACACAUGGGGUGCUCAUGUGCCUUGUGUAGGGUGAGACAGGAGUGAUGUGAGGACAGUGCGGUCCAGAGGUUAGUGACUGUUAGGCCUCUCGCUUCUGUUUGUGCCUAACUUUCCAUGUGCACAAUGCUGACGUCUGAAAAGUAAAAGUUAAGAUGUGCCUCGUGCUUGCUAAA